AUGGCCUACUUUGCAGAGGCCAGAAAACUUGUUUCUGACACCAACUCGGUUGCUUCAAGCAAGCUGGGAUGUGUUUUCCCAAUGCAGAGAAUACUUCAGCUCAAUGAUGGACACCCAGCUGAAACCCUCAUAGGAGGCCUUUUACCCGAAACAACUUACUCUGUCAGCAUUGCAGCCUACACUACUAAAGGGGAUGGAGCCCGGAGCAGGGACAAAGUGGUCACAACAAGUGGAGCAGUCCCAGGCAAGCCUACCAUGAUGAUCAGCACCACAGCCAUGAACACAGCUCUGAUCAAUUGGCAUCCACCUAAAGAAUUGGUUGGGGAGCUGCUGGGCUACCAGCUACAGUUCAAACAUGCUGAUGAGGAGAAGAUGAAAGUUAUGAACUUUGAGAAGAAUGUUGAUCACUUCACUGUGACUGAUCUUUACAAGGGUGCCACCUACAUCUUCAAGUUGGCUGCCAAGAAUAGGGUUGGUCUUGGGGAGGAGCUUGAGAAGGAAAUCACUACUGCAGAGGAGGUGCCAAAUGGCUUCCCUCAGAACCUGCGUGUGGUAGGCCUCACCACUUCUACCACUAAAGUGACCUGGAACCCUCCACUUCUGGCUGAGAGGAAUGGAAAAAUUACCAACUACACAGUAGUGUACCGAGACAUUAACAGCCAGCAGAACCUGACCAAUGUAACAAAGGAAACAAGCAUCACUCUGACCAACCUUAAACCUGACACAACCUAUGAUAUCAAAGUUAGAGCCCAUGCUAGCAAGGGAGCUGGGCCUCUCAGCCCCAGCAUUCAGUCUAGAACGAUGCCAAUGGAACAAGUGUUUGCAAAGAACUUUCGUGUCAGUGCUGUGAUGAAAACUUCAGUUCUGCUUAGCUGGGAGGUUCCAGACUCUUACAAAUCUGAAGUUCCUUUCAAGAUUCUGUACAAUGGCCAGACAGUGGAGGUGGAUGGCCACUCCAUGAAGAAGCUGAUUAAUGACCUGCAGCCAGACACAAAUUAUUCCUUUGCACUCACAAACCGGGGAAGUAGUGCAGGAGCAUUACAGCACCGGGUCUUCAUCCGAACAGCACCUGAUGUCCUCCAGAGCAAGCCCAUUUCCACAUACAAAUAUAUCCAUAAUGGACGGUUCACCCUCACUCUCCCCAAAGUGCAGACCUCUGUGCCAGUCAGGUGGUACUACAUUGUGGUUCUGCCAAUAGACCGCACAAGCAACAUACUUGCCUCCAGGUUGAAGAGCCCAGAUGAGAUGGAACUGGACCAGCUACUUGAGGCUAUGAGCCAAGGAACGCCAGACAGACGCCAGCGAUGGCAAGCAGAGCUGCUCAGGCCCUAUAUUGCUGCCCAAAUGGAUGAUCUGCCAGACACUUUCGUCUUGGGGGAUGAGAAAAAUUAUAAAGGCUUCUACAAUAGGCCACUUUCAGAAGACUUGAGCUACCGUUGUUUUGUGCUAGCUUCACUGGAGGAUGGUGAUACGAAGAAGUAUGCAGCCAGUCCCUACUCAGAUGAGAUUGUGAUGGAGGUUUCAGCUAAACAGCAGGAUGAACCAGAGAUGCUGUGGGUGAUGGGGCCUGUCCUGGCUGUCAUCUUAAUUAUCAUCAUUGUCAUUGCUAUCCUGCUGUUCAAAAGGAAAAGGGCCAAUUCACCCUCCUCCAAGGAUGAACAUUCCAUUGGCCUGAAGGAUUCCUUACUGGCCCAUUCCUCUGACCCUGUUGAAAUGAGACGGUUCAACUACCAAACACCAGGUGGCCGGUAGGGAACAGUUGAUGUAUAAAAGAAAGUUCUGGCACUACAGUUGCAGCACGAGACACUCAGUUGUCUCCACCUAGACUCACCUCCAUGCUAUCAUGGAUGGAUGCCUUCUGUGGGUCAGACAGCAGCAACUAAACCCUGAGCAGCCUCUACAUCUCAACCAAAAUGAUCAAGGGUUGCAACAUUUGUGGAUUUUUGCUGUAGAGAAAAAAGCUUAGAGGAGACAUGACAGACGUGUCUGAUCACACCAGACAUUUAAAGCACAUGCAACACAGAUGUAAAGCACACGGCUUCCCCCAACGAAUCCUGGAUAAUAGUUUUUCCUCACUGUGCUACAUUCCCAGCACCCUUCAUAAACUACAACUCCCAGGACUCUUUGGAGGAAGCCAUGUGCUUUCCAUGUACACUGUGGAUGUGCCAUAAAGGUGCAUGGUGUGGAGAAACUGGACAAUACCCCUGGAUUUAGCAGGGAACUUACACCUGGUGUAGGAAAAACAUCACUCGCUAAACAAUUUGUCUGCUGAGCUACCCUAAAACAAGGAGGGCAGGGCCACGUUUCUCCUUUCCUGAAUUAAACGGCGACCUUAAUUCUAAGAGACUAGGAAACUGGGGAGGGCUGGCAGUGUUGGAAGUGGGGCAAGAACAACUCCUGUUUUGUUGGUGCUGCAGAAGGAAGAUAGAGUUUGGGUCCUCCAGAUGGAUAGGCCUGUUUACCUUUAUCUGUGUUUCUCUGACUGUCUUCCUUCUGUUGCUAGAUUGUGACAUCUUCAGGGAAGCUUACCUGCCCCUCGUCCUUCCGCCUUUUCCACUCCUUUGUCCUCCGACUGUCCGGGAGAGAGGAGACAUCCCUUUGUCUCUGCUCUCCCCAAGCCAUGAGGCUAAACCCUACACCUGGGCGUUAUGCUCCAACUUAGUUAGUUACUUAGAACUAGGUUUGCUUUUCCAUCUACUAUGUAUUUCUACAAAUAAAGUAGCUUUU